GUAGAUACUCCGUAGAGAGGAGGGCCGACACUCCGACACCAGACACCAGACACCAGGCAGUCGGUCGACGGCAGAAGAAGUUACCCGUCGGUCCCUGCUGCUCUGGACAACCGACAUUUGGCCUCUUUAAACAACAACAGCAAUCAUGGCAGAAGCCCACCAGGCGGUGGCCUUCCAGUUCACUGUCACUCCGGAGGGCAUUGAUCUGCAGCUGUCCCACCAGGCUCUCACUGAGAUCUACCUCUCUGGUGUGCGCUCCUGGAAGAAGCGUAUCAUUAGACUCAAGAACAGUGUGAUAACAGGGGUAUAUCCUGCUAGUCCGUCCUCCUGGCUUUUUGUGGUCAUAGCAAUCCUGGCUACUAUGUACACUCGCUCCGACCCCUCCAUGGGACUCAUAGCCAAGAUACAGGAGCACCUGCCAGUCAGUCAGUCUAUGAGUACCCAGUGCCAGGCGUUGGUGUCGGCGGUGCUCUUCAGCACCAUGCUAUGGCUCUUGCUCAUCUUCACCAUGCGCCUGUGCCUCAAGCAGCUCCUCUCUUACCACCGCUGGAUGUUCGAGCAGCACGGCAAGAUGUCCAACACCACCAAAGUCUGGGUGGCGCUGGUGCGGAUCUUUUCUGGCAGAAAGCCUCUGCUCUACAGCUACCAGGGUUCGCUGCCAAACCUGCCUUUGCCUCCCAUCAAGGACACAGUCAAGAGGUAUCUGGAAUCAGUGCGUCCGCUGAUGGAUGAUACAGAGUAUGAACGCAUGACCAACCUGGCAGCAGAGUUUGAGAGCAGCCUCGGUAACCGCCUGCAGUGGUACCUCAAACUCAAAGCCCUCUGGGCCGCCAACUAUGUUAGUGACUGGUGGGAGGAAUAUGUCUAUCUACGUGGACGGAGCCCGUUAAUGGUCAACAGUAACUAUUAUGGCAUGGACUUCUUGUAUGUGACACCCACACCCAUCCAGGCGGCCAGAGCAGGCAACAGCAUUUAUGCGUUCUUCCUAUACCGCCGCAAACUCAACAAAGAAGAGAUUAAACCUAGUCGUAUACCAGGCGCUGGUAUUCCUUUGUGUGCAGCUCAGUGUGAGAGGAUAUUCAACACCACACGCACUCCUGGAGAGGAGACCGACUCUGUGCAGCAUUGGCAGGACAGCGACUACAUAGCGGUAUACCACAGGGGUCGCUACUUUCGUCUUAGGGUGUACCAGGCAGGCAGACUCCUGUGCCCCAGGGAGAUUGAAUUCCAGAUUCAGAGGAUCCUCGAUGACCCUGCACCUCCUUCCAAAGGAGAAGCCAAUCUCGGUGCCCUGACCGCUGGAGAUAGAAUUCCAUGGGCUAAAGCCAGGACAAAGUAUUUCAGCAGUGGGGUCAAUAAACGCUCUCUGGACUGCAUUGAGAAAGCCGCCUUCUUUGUGACCUUGGAUGAUGAUGAACAGGGCAUGAUGGGAGAUGACCCGGCAGCUAGUUUAGAUUGCUAUGCCAAAUCCUUGUUGCAUGGGAAAUGCUAUGACAGGUGGUUUGACAAGUCCUUUUCAGUUGUUUACUUCAAGAAUGGAAAGAACGGCAUAAACGCAGAGCACUCGUGGGCCGAUGCACCAGUGUUAUCACACUUAUGGGAGUAUACCUUGGCCACCGACUGUUUCCAGCUCGGUUACAAUGCAGAGGGUCACUGCAAAGGAGAAGUGGAUUCAUCACUACCACGACCACAGAAGCUGAACUGGGAAAUCCCUCCAGAAUGUGAGGAGCAGAUCUCCCAGUCUCUGGCGGUGGCGCAGGCCCUGGCUGACGAUGUGGACUUCCAUGUUUUUGCCUUCCGAGACUUUGGCAAAGGAAAGGUCAAGAAGUGUCGAGUCAGUCCAGAUGCCUUCAUUCAGAUAGCUCUUCAGUUGGCCUACUUCAGGUGUGAGAAGGAAAAGGGUCCAUAGAAAAACAAAUAAAGAAGUGUGAUUCAAGUACAGCACGGCUUAUUGUUUUAGUUUAGUUUUAACCAUUGGAAGAAAUAUAAUCAACCCUAAAUUACAAACGUUAUUAUUGUGUGUUGAUUAUUAUAAAAAAGGCCAGUAGGAAUUGCACCACUCAAAGUUAGGAAUUUCUAUCCUAAUUUUAACACUUCACCUUAUUGCAGGGAGUACUUUAACAUAAGUUCAAGUGGAGUGCGUUUUGACAGCAUUAAGUAUGCCACAUUAUUUUUGCCACUAAUUUUCUGUCGUUUGGAAAAACGCAGUUGGAAGUGUGUGAUACACCCUGAGACUGUUGAGUCGAUUCCAGUUUCUACCAUCUGAAUGCAACAUUGCUGUAACAGUGACACCAGGUAUUUUAAAAUCUUGGAAGUCUGUGACUUCUCCGUGUUUACUCAUUAUCUAUUCAUCUGCUUUCUAUAAAAACACGAUUGUAAUGCUGUGCUGAGCGUGUCAGUCUGUUUAUACAUGUAGUGAAGUGACACGGCUCUAAUAAACUCAUAGGUUGGCAUUACUCUUUGGCUAGUAUUAUAUUCAGUGCCAACUUCAUUUUACUUAUUUAAAUUCAAACUGUACAUACAAAUAAUGUGGGUCAGUUUUCUUUCAGUGGUCAGUGAGCAAUUCAGACGUACCAAGUUAAAAGCUGUAACUCCAGUUAUUUCACUGCCAUCUAUAAAUCUGUUUCGUCUGUUUUAUUUUGUAUCUGUUAUUAAAUAAGCGCCAUAACAAUGCAAGCUGUAUUUAUCAACAUCACUCAGUCUCAAGCAGUGCUGCAGGUCAGAUGUGGAUUACAUGUUCAGUGACAUUUUGAAGUCAAAGCCGCCUGAUUGAAGGAUGGCGUGUUACCAUUGACACAGAUUCCCACUGAUAAUUGCCUUUUUUUGUUUUCACUCCAAAUCAGUUGAGCUUGUCUCAUUGUAUUGCUAUUGUCAGCUUUUUUUAUUGCAAUAUUAUGAGGUAACAUAAAGUCAUUCUUAAAGAAAAAA